AUGCCCUCGCAGCUACAGCCCCUUGGCUUAGUCAGCUGCCCUUAUUGCGGCACAGCCUGCCGCGGAAGUCACGGCAUCAAGACCCAUAGUGCUAAGAUCCACGGCAUAGAAGGAAGAAAGAGACUAGCAAGGACCCCUUCUCCACAGCUACAAAGACCUACUAGGCGGCAAAGGCAGCUACAGCCUAACUCUACCCUAGAGGAGCCUACCCUAGACCGACCGGCCUCAAGGGAAAGCUAUAGGUCUUUUUCUAGCUAUGAGGAAAGGGGAAGACCCUCUAGCCCUAGGUCCCUUAGCUCUAGCUCCUCUUGCCCUAGCACGCCUAGCCACAGGCCCUCUAGUCAGGGACCUACCCUAGAGCCUCUAGAAGAAUAUACCCUAGAGCCUCUAGGGCCCCUAGAGGAGCCUACCCUAGAGCUAGAGACUAGGGAGCCUAGGGAGCCCAGGGAGCUUACCUUAGAGCCCGAGCCUAGGGAGCUUACCCUAGAGCCCGAGCCCAAGGAGCCUACCCUAGAGGGGCCUACCCUAGAGCAGCUACACAACCAAGCUAUAGCCCCAAUCCUAGCCAAGGCUUCUAUGCAGAAGCUAUUAGCCUUUGCAAGGAUCCCUAUACCGGAAAAAAGGCUACAUGCAAGGCAGGCUGCUAUUUUCACAGCUACAGCCCAUAAAGCUGCAGCUGCCUUUCUAAAGAGGCCUACUGAAAAGGCCCUCUUAUAUUUCCUUAUCUUGCCUAGGCUACUAGGGUUAGGGUUACAAAAAGGAGGCCUAGCUACCCUUCUUAGGUCUUUCCCUUCUAACCUACCUACCCUAGAGAGCCUAGAGUCCCUCCAGCAGCCCCCUGAGCCCCCCAAGGCAGCUAGACCCUCUAUAGCUCCUAGCCCGGCCCAAAGGGCAGCUAAGCUACUAGAGAGAGGCUACCUAGGCCGGGCUGCUAGGGCUCUUAUUGAUCCGACCCCUAUAGCACCUAAUUCAGUAGAAAAUAGGGCUAGGCUGCUAGAAAAGCACCCUAUUGGAUCAAAAGACCCCUUCCAAGGCAAGACCCGCCCAAGGGCCGGCCAACCAAUCACGUCAGAGACUAUUAUAGCAGCUAUAGCCUCUAUAGGCAAGGAAAAGGCCCCGGGCCUUAGUGGCUGGACUAGGCCUCUUCUAGACCUAGUAACUAGGAAAGAUUCCCCUGUGAUAGCUUUCCUAAGGCUGCUAGCUGAUAUGAUUCGCCAAGGCACGGCCCCUGGAGCCCACCUAUUAUGCGCUAGCCGCCUUAUAGGGCUUGAAAAGCCCGAUGGAGGGGUUAGACCUAUAGCUAUAGGAGAUCUUAUCUAUAGGGUAGCUAUGAAGGCGAUCCUAAUGACCUCCUAUCGGCCGAAUAUGCUCUUACCCUUCCAGCUAGGCGUGAAUAGCCCAGGCGGGGUUGAACCCGCUAUUUUCCUCCUCUAUGAGGCUAUUAUAGGCUCAAAUGAGGCUAAUUUCCAGCAGCUAGCCUCUAUAGACCUUGCUAAUGCCUUUAACUCAGUAGAUAGGGCUUCUAUAGCUGCUUCUGUAGCUACUUUUGCCCCUACCUUCUAUAAGGCAGCAGCUUGGGCCUAUAAUGACCCUUCUAUCUUAGUUAUGGAAGAUGGGUCAGCUAUAGCCUCGGCCAAGGGCGCUCCGCAAGGCACCCUAGAGGCAGCUAAGGAGGUCUUAAAAGGCUCCCCUUUUAGCCUUAACCUAGCUAAAAGCAAGGAAAAGGCUAUAGAGGACCUUAAGCUAGAAGGCUUAAAAGCCUUAGGCACCUAUAUAGGCCCUAUCCGGCCUAGAAGAGCCUUCUUGCAAGAAAAGCUAGCUACCUUACAGGAAGCCCUAGAGGCCCUGCAAGACCUUCCUAAGCAGCACUCUUUGCUUCUUCUUAGAGGCAGUAUCCAGCUUCUUCUAAGGCACCUCCAGAGGCAGCUAGACCCAACCGGGCUAGAAGACCUUUGGGAAGAGGCUGAUACCCUUAUAAGAGAGGCUAUUAUAGCCCUAGUGGCUAGAAGCCCUACCCUUCCAGUCAGAGAGGGAGGCCUAGGAAUACCCUUACACAGAGACCUAGCCCACGAGCUAUUCCUAGCAGCUAGGGAGGCCUCGCAGCCUACCCUAGACCUCAUCCGGAAGCCCCUAGCCCCUUCUAGCCCUAGCGGCAGCCCAGGCCCUAGACUAGGAAAAACAGCACAACAAGUGCUAAAAGAUGCAAAUAAGGCUAGGCUAGUAGGCUUCUUAGAGGACCUCCCCGCUAGCUAUAGGCAUGCUAGGCUAGAAAAUGCUAGCUAUCUCGGCCCUAUUUUAAAGGAUUCUGCUAAGGAAGACCCUUAUAGCACCCUUAGAGAGGCUGCCGAAGAAAAACGCAGAAAAUAUAGGUCUCUCGGGGCCUUUUUUCAGCCUCUUAUUAUCUCAGCAGGUGGCCUUAUGGACCUAGAGACAGCUAAGACCUAUCAGAAGCUCCAGGACCUUAUUGGCCCCCUUGCGGCUAACCAGCUAGACUCCUCUAUUAGCCUUGCCCUAAUGAGGACUAGGGCGACCUCGGCGGCUUCUAUAGCCCGAGAUACCCCUAAAGGUCUUAAAGGCGUCUACUUUGGAUUCCCUGUAUUUGCGACUGGUAGUAGCCUAUCCUCUUAA